AGAGAAACUCAGGCCUUCGGUCACAACUUCUGCUUUCAAGGUCAGUGCCCGCUUUCCCUUCACCUCUUAGCUACUUGUACUGUGCCCUUAGGUUAGGAGAUAGAAAAUUUAGAAAACACUAGCGUCUACGAGCCUUCGAACUAGAGUCAGCAUGUCGUCCCAGAGUGAUUCCCAGGAUAUCUCGGGGGAGCCUUCGGUAGAGAUGGAGACAUGCUCAGAUGUGGAGUCUUCGAGUGUGGAGUCCUCGGCAGGUGGUGAUGCCGCAGUGGCCAUGGAAGUAGAGAAGGACCUCCAGGCCGAAGUCGAAGCCGAGGGCUUCGAGCAAGAAAACGAGGAUGAAGAGCUUGCCCUCGCCCCCCCCCCGGGGUGCCGGGGAAGCCAGCUCCUCCCGGCCAUUGGACCCGACGCCCAUAAGUGUGGCUCCCGGGAAGAAACACAAGACGAAGGUGGCCCCGAGGAAGAAGCAAGCGGCAGUGGAUGCCGGGCGGCCGGUGGGCAUACCCGAGGGCCAUUCGUUUUUGAAUACUGCUGCUCUAGAGCUGAAGACGAAGGCAUCCCCGGCAGAAUACCAGUCCACCCAGAUGCUGGUUGGACCUUCAGCGCGCGUGGUGGAGCCCAGGGCGGAUGAUUUGCUGCGAUACUCGCCCGAGGGGUGCUUUGCUGCUCACACCCUCUCGGUGGAGAUGGGGCUCCGGUUCCCGCUCCAUCCUUUUCUCUUGGAGUAUCUGAGAUUUGUGGGGUUGGCCCCUUGCCAGCUAACGCCCAACAGCCACUCCUAUGUGGCCGGCUUCCUCUCCUUGUGUCAGAGCCGGGGGGGUCGAGCCCACACUCGAUCAAUUCUUCAUGUCCUUCAACCUUUGCCGGGGGGACAUUCAAAUGCUGAGGGCUUUGCCAACCUUCAGCAGGUACCGGAGUUCCGGAUUUUUGAUGAUGUGCCCUCGUCUCACAAGGGGUGGAAAGAGAGAUUCUGCUAUAUCCGCCUCGAGGAGAAUCCCUUCCCGGCCCAGCUCCGUAAUAGCUUUCGGCGCCUCCCGAAGGUGGGGAGCGCAGUUUUGGAGAAGAAUGGCAAAGUUCUUGCCAAGAAGCCGGAGGGGUCUGACAAGCAUGUCAAGAUCAGAGAAGUCACCCUUCCGGAGGAUUUGCUUAGCCUGGGCUUCCGGCAGUUCAGGCCGAGGGGCUCUUCGGAUGAGAGAUACCCUCCCCUCGAUAGGGUCUUCGAAGGCGCCGGAGGUAACAAUAUGGACGUUGGUUCCCUCUUCGCUUUGAAAAACGCGAAAGGAAAGAAGAAGGCCCCGGCGGGCGCUUCUGCCAGGGAGGGGCCCUCUCAAACUGCUGGCGCUGCUGCUGGCGCCGGAGGGUCCAAGGGUGCUGGGUCCGUCAAAAAGAAGAUUGCUGGAAAGGGGACCGAGCCCCUGGCCAAGAAGCCGAAGACCACCGCCCCUACCAAACAACCGAUCACCGAUGUGGUGGUGAUUGUGGACGAAGGGCACGCUUCUGCCUCCACCCCCCAGGAACAAAUCAAUCAGGAGUUCUUUGGGCGGGAGAGGUUGGAGGCGAUAGUACCGAAGGGGGCCUCUGUGUUGGAGGGCAGUUUGAACCCUUCGGCUCUGAUGAGCCAGAUGCUGCCGUCGGCCGACCGACUUGCCCUUGCCCGGCUGGACGAGGGAUCCCUCGAGGCGAAGGUCCUCCUGAAUGCUGCCUCCGCUUUUAUGGGCCUCUGCGAGCACCUCCGAAGGGUGGAUCAAAUGAGGGAGGCCGAGGGUGCCGCCGAGGGGGAGGCCGCCCUUCUCAGUAAGAAGCUUGCUGAAGCCGAGGACUCUCUCCGGCUGGCCACCGACGGCAUGGAGCAGAGGGUGCAGGCUGCAAGGGCCGAAGGGGUCAAUGAGGGGCUAGCCAGGGCCGGGGAGGCCGCCGCCGAGGCCGCCCGUAUUGCUGCCGAUGAAGCCCGCGCGGCUCAAGAAGAGGCCGUCUCCAAGGCCCGAGAGGAUGCGGUGACCAACUUCAUGGCCGAAGGGUGGAAGGCCGAAGACCGGAGGGAGUGGCUCGCUUCGGUGGUGGGGGCUUCAGUAGACGAGUGGGUCGGGGGCCCCGGAAAGAUGUGGCUUGCUGAGAGGGGCGACUCGUACUACCAAGGCGGGGAGUUCUUCACCCAACGCCUCAUCUACCGGAAGCUUGCGAAGCACUUUCAGGUGGCACCGGAGGAGUUCCGUCCCGAGGCUUAUGGCUUCCCCCCCCCCCCCCCCCCCCGCCACCCAAAUGUCAGGAUCCCGCUCCCCGAGGGGGAAGAGAGAUCGGUUCUUGAAGACUCGGAGACCCUCCGGGAGUGCGGCCUUGGCGGUGAAGAGGAUGAAGCCGAGAGCGAGGCGAUAUCUACAGUUCCCCCUUCUUAAAUUGUAUUCCCCCCUUUUGGUGUUGUAAUUUUUGGCCUCGGCCCCCUUUGUAAAGCACAAUCAAACUUCUCUUUUUUUUUUGAAUGAAUGAGUACACACGCCCUCGGGCCUUUGAU